UAUCUCAUAAAUUAUGCAAAAACCCUCUUCAGAACUAUCCAAAACCAAGAAUCUCUCCCCCCUUCCCCCUCCCCAUUUCAAUUUCCCCUCUGCAAUUAUAUAUAUAGUUGAGAGAGUACUCAGAUGAAUAGUAAUACGACGUCGCAGUUUAUGGACAAGCAGAUCAUGGAUCUAUCCAACUCUCAAACCAACAAUAGCAACAGUAACGAUGAUUUCAUCGAUUUCAUGAACCGCCCAUCGGAGGAUCAUAAUAGAAGGAAAGAUGAUAUUGUACCGAGUUACGAUUUCUUGCCGAUUCGACCCGCCGGUGCAUCAACGUCGCCGCCGCCUCCGCGGUCAAUGAAUUUUGAUUCCGGAAAUGACGACGCAUCGGUUAGGACAUGGAAUUCUUUGGAUUCUAAAACGAACUCCUCUUCCGUCAGAAAUUAUAGUUCUCUUGGUGCCGUUGACCCUGCCAAGGACAUUUUAGAGAGGGACCGCAAUGUCGUUGAUGCAUCUUUGGUUUCUGAGAUUGAUAGAGCAAUGAAGAAGUAUUCUGAUAAUCUGAUGCAUGCAAUGGAUGGUGUUAGUGCACGACUAUCCCAGUUGGAGACAAGGACCCGCAACCUUGAAAAUUCUGUGGAUGAUCUGAAGGUGUCUGUUGGAAACAACCAUGGAAGCACUGAUGGAAAAUUAAGACAGCUGGAGAAUAUUCUUAGAGAGGUGCAAACUGGUGUUCAGUUUAUAAAGGAUAAACAGGAAAUUGUAGAAGCUGAACUGCAGAUUGCUAAGCUGCAAGUUUCGAAGGUUGAACAGCAUGUUGAAAACCACGACACUUCAGGCACUGAUUCUACCCAGCUUGGAGCAUCUGCUCAUCGUCAAUCUCACCAGCAGCUUUCUGCAGUUCCUCUUACGCAGCCACCUCCCACCUCCUCUCUACCAAAUGCUUCUCCUCCACUGCCUCAACAUCAGAAUAUACCGCCUCAAGUUCAGCUUCCCAACCAGUAUUCUCAAAAUCAAGUUCCUUCUGUCGCUCAGCGGGAGUCUUACUUCACCCCACCUGGCCAGACUCCAGAAAAUCCAAGCCAGCAGUACCAAACACCUCCAGUGCAGCCACAGCAGAUCGCCCCUCCAUCACCGCCCCUACAGCAACAAUAUCAGUCACCUCCUCAGCAACACUACUCUCAGUCACCCCCACCUCCUCAGCAACACUAUUCUCAUCAACCCCGACCUCCUCAACAGCAGUACUCUCAGCAAUCUCCACCUCCUCAACCACACUCCACAAUUCCUACUGUGAACACCUCUCAACCUCAGCUGCCAUUGGGUCGUCAUCCUGAAGAAACACCUUAUAUGCAGCCACCCCCACAGAGCAUUCGCCCACCUGGACCACCUCCCCCUCAUCCCUCCAGUGUAACUCCUUCACAACAGUUUUAUGGACAUCCACCCAAUACAUACGAGCCUCCAUCUAGCAGACCAAAUUCUGUAUAUUCUGGUUCUUAUGAUCCGUCAUCUGGUCCAGGGGAACCUUAUUAUAGUGGUUCACCAUCACAGUAUGGCAGUGGCUCCCCUGUGAAACCACAGCAUCACUCUUCUUCUAUGUUUGGCCAGAGUGGUGGAAUUGGAUAUCCCCAGCUGCCUACUGCUCGAAUAUUACCUCAAACGCUGCCUACAGCCUCUGGAGUCGGUGGUGGGUCCGAUUCUACUGGUAAUGGAAAGAGGGUUCCUGUUGACGACGUGGUUGACAGAGUGACAAGUAUGGGAUUUCCAAGAGACCAAGUGAGGGCAACAGUCCGAAAGUUGACAGAGAGUGGACAAUCUGUUGACUUGAAUAUAGUGUUGGACAAGUUGAUGAACGAUGGAGAUGGCCAAGGUCCACGAGGUUGGUUUGGUCGGUGACAGGUUUGUUAUGCACUAAUUGUUUGUGAAUCAACUUUGCUAUUCGAGCAUUAUUUGAGAUUUCCCUGUAACUGUCUGUUUUCACAUUCCCAUUUUUUUUUAUUGCUUAAAUAUUACUUCACGGGUCUGUUGUUUAUACCCCGUUGGUUCCUUCUGUAGCUAAACCUUACAAUGCUUUUGGAGUGAAUGUACUUUAUUACCCAUUUCCUGUUGUCAAACCUUACAAUAGUUGGCCUUCUAUGCAUGUAGAAGCUCUUCUAAUAAACUACCUUUUCUACA